CUUGGAGCGCCCUGUUCAAUCGUUGAGCGUGUAACGCGUUCAAAUAGUACCCCACCAACUCUCAGUUUCGGUUCUCAGAUUGUCCUGAUCUUACGCUCGCGUCAUCGCUAAUUGUUGUCAACCGCUUUCAUUAAUAGAUAUAUCUUUGAGCGUUCCCCCAGUACACAACGUACCACCACAUAUUAGCAUCUCAUUAAAGGAUUUACUCCUACGACAGUUCCAGCCGUUUAGUCGAGUUGCACAUUGCAAACCACAGGAUGGAAGAAACUGAACAUGUUGCCCGGCGGCUUGACCGCAUGCUAAAAAACAAAAAAAUAGAUGAUGAGUCUGCGCUGAAAUACCUUAGGAGAUUGCGAAGCAUCGAGAUGACUCUGGAAAUCUUAACGAAAACCGGUGUAGGUAUAAUUAUCAACAAGAUAAGAAAGGAGUCAGAAGACCCGGAGGUUGCUACAUUGGGGAAAAACAUGAUAAAGCAGUGGAAAAAGCUGGUCCCAGACAAAAGUGAAGCUCCUGCAUCUUGCACCAAUAGUGUUGGCAAUAACAAUAAUGACAAUGGCAACAAUAAUGACAACAAACAUUCACCUGAGUCAAAUAACUACAAUGUCUGUGACGAUGGAGGACCACAAGAAGCCAAACGGUCUCGGCCAAGUGAAAAAAAGGAAUCUACAGAACUGUCGGGAAAUGCAAGUCGUGGCUUUUUUCCUGUCCACACUUUGACUACAACAGAUCAAGUACGUUUAAAAGCCCGAGAGAUGCUUCAAUCAGCACUAGAAAGUGGCAAUAUUCCUAGCGGUGCUUAUGAAAGUGAGUUCCUAGCAAUACGAAUAGAAAGCUCCAUAUAUGAUCUUUUCAACAAUACUGAUCCCAAGUACAAACAACGAGUACGUACUAGAGUUAUGAAUCUACGCGAUUCUAAUAAUCCCAAUUUGCGACUUAAUGUCCUAAUGGGACACGUAAGUCCGGACAAACUAGCAUCGAUGACAUCAGAAGAGAUGGCUAGUAAAGAAAUGAAAGAACUUCGUGAGAAAUAUACUAAAGAAACUAUAGAAGACCAUCAAAUGGCUGUAACUGGUGGAACGGAAACUGAUUUAUUACGAUGUGGAAAGUGUAAGCAGACCAAGUGUACAUAUAACCAGGUCCAAACUCGUAGUGCAGAUGAACCAAUGACCACUUUUGUCUAUUGUAACAAUUGCGGCCACCGUUGGAAAUUUUGCUGACAGCUCGGAAAAAUCAUUGUCCAACCACACUUAUCCACUAAUUUUCUGCUGCGAUACUUAAUUAAAUUGUUUCAAUGUGAACACUAAUACUAAAGAAGAAACUAGAGAAGAAAUAUCCAUCUUCGUUUUUGACUUUGUUCAUUCUCGAAAAUCUGUUUUUUAGGAAGAAAUAGACUGUCAUAGUUGGACAAAAAGAUGAAUUAUGUCCCAUUAUUUUUUUUCUUGCGACUUGUCUUAUAUUGUCUGUCCAAAUAUAUCUGACACUUGUGUGUAAAUAUUUUGCAUGUAUAUGUUGGUGUUUGCGAAUCGCUCUACAUGAAAAUGUCAGUUUUAUUACAUAAAAUCUUUAUAAUAUACUUUGGUAAAAAUGUAUAGGGAAACAGUUUUCCGCUGAGAUUGUCGACCUGUAAAGUUGCUACUAUACUCCUAGUGUAUAUUUUACCGCUUUAUGUAACACACAAUAAUUGUUAUUCUAUUUUUAAGUCCUCAUUGUAUUAAAAAAAACCAUGAUUUAUUCAUAUAUAUUGUUUCUGUAAUUUUGCUUUAAGACUUCAUAAUUAAAGUAAUCUUCAUUAAUUCAUCUACAAUAUUGCCCUUCCUAUAGCAGCUUUAAAUUGUACACAAAUAAAAUAGUAUUGUUUUAAUCCGUAUUUCAGAGUGAUAUAGUAA